UAUGAGCAGUUUGUAGUCGACAGUAUCACUGGCGCAACGCUGUAUAAAGGGCGGUAAUAAUAACUACCGUUUUUGGAAAGCAUUUAACGAAAACGAUUUUUCUAUUCGAGCCGUGUACGCUAUGAAAAAAGACGACAUAUGUAAACAACAAGCCGUGAGCUUUUGUACUGAUAGUAAACUCUUUGGCAGAAAAGCUGAUAAACAUACCCAAAUAAAUAAAUUGAAAGCCACCACUUCAGAACUAGAAACACAGCAGCGUCGCUUCCAAAUUAGUUUACAAAGGCCAACGGAUAUUCGGCAAAGGACUGGUGAUAGUGAAGUAGGAAUCCAAAACUUGAGACAAAGUACAAAAACGAAAAAUAAAGGAACUAGUAAUAUCAGCAUAGAAGACAUAUUUAUUGAAAUAAAUUCUGGACAAUAUCGAACGGAAUAUAAACAGUACCAGUCACAAAAUUCUGAUACCCAAUUUCGAUUGUGUGAGGGUGACGAUAUCAAUAGCUGCUGCAACUACCAAUGGUUUGAAGAAAAAGAAAGAGAUUGGGAGAUCGAAGAAAGAUCCGAAAGAAAAAGUGAAUUUAGAGUACAAGCUCAACGACAUAGAAGUUCCCUAGGACGGUCACCUGUGGAUAUUAUACUUCCCAACAGUUCCAACCGAAUUAACAAAACUAAAAGUGCUACUUACAGAGAUUCUGCAAAAUAUAAGCGCAACAGUGAUCACAAUAACAAAAAUAUCGGUGGUAAAAAUGAAGACUUAGCACAUGGUGCACAAUUUUGCGGAAUACAAGAGAAAAGUAGAGACCAAGAUUUAUUUUUUUCAUCUGUUAAACAAAAAAUAUGCCAUUCAAAAGUACCGUCUAAUACAAGCAAGGACGACAAAAACGAUAAUCUCAAAGCCAUCACCAUUAGAAACGGACAUCAAAAUCAUAAACAGCCGAAUAAGAAUAUAGUUAAUACACAUAAUUCAACUUUGAAAAGCAGUGGAAGUAGCACUAGUAGCGACUUUAAAGGCGACAAUAAAGGCAAUAAAAGUGGAAGUAGUAGUAGUAGUAAUAGCUGUAAUUGUGAUGUAACUGGAGAUAGCAGUACGUUACACGGAUUCGGUGUUGGGGUAUUAAACAGUUUCAUUGGAGAAUCUGAUUCUGCCAAUAACGGCGUGUUGCCUCAACCAUCCUCCCUACACCGUUCUCAGCUAGGAGACCAGUGUCCAUAUAAUGAAAAGGACGAGCUUAGUUGGGGUAUACACAACCAUUGCUAUUUAGGAACAACACAUAUUGCGGGUUGUAAAUCAAAUAGCGUUUUGGAGAUAAUUGCACCAAUAACAACAGGCCAACGAAGAAAUUCUUCCAUUAAUUGCAAAAUUUUAUGCCAUAAUAGCUCAGACGAUGUCACCGAUUGUGAAAGUUGUAGCGAGUUGCAGCUAUUAAGUUCAAAUUAUUAUAAAGAUGAAGAUAUCGAAGAUGUUAGUUUCGAACGCCAUACACCUGAUGAGACAGCAGGAAUCCCAAACACCAAUUGCAUUUUAAAACCAGUAUAUGCCAAAAACGGAGGACUAUGUAAACUAUCGAAUUCUUGUAAAAUAAAAAAACAACAGCAUUGUGGGAGAAAAUUCGAAUCAACCGAUUUUUCAACACAUCCCUUAAUUAAAUUUUAUGACCACGAACACAACCCUGAUAAUUACUUUAAUAUAACUGAAAGUUUUAUAACUGCCCCCUGUUCCAAGGAAUUUUUCAGCAAAAUGGAUCUGGAAAGCAGUCGCGAGCAAGCGACUAGAGUUGAUGUGAGUUCAGCAAAACAAACAAACAAUAAUGGUAUAACAAGCAAUGACAACGUUAGAAAUGAACGAACAGCUACUAAUCACACACUGGCAAAUGGUCCGAUAGGCGCCGAUGGUCAUAUUGGAACAUCAAACAUUCCUGAAACAAUAAACGGCACAACCAUUGUUGGUGGAAUCAAUCAACAAAAGACAGCAACUAAUACGACUACACAAAAGCGGCCGCAAAGACGAGGGGCGAAACCACAACCUGACCGACCUCAAAGAGUUUUAUUCUGUUUAGGAUUAAAAAAUCCACUUCGCGGCUUAUGCAUCAACAUAGUUGAAUGGAAGCAUCCUUUUUUAAUUACCAGGAGAGGAUAUAAUUUUUUCGGCUAAACACGCAUCACUAGUUUACUGGUAUUAAACUAAGGA